AUGUGGUCAAACAAUACGGAACUGAUUAGUGAAGUGAUCGCCGUUUGCAACGAUUUGGGCCAUAAAAGCAAACAAUCGGACAAUAAAUACAUUAUCAACAAAAAGGACUGCAAUCAUGUCCUCAAAGACCUGAUCCGAUAUCUGCGAAACGACACGAAACACACGUUUCCCGUCAGAAGCCAAUUGGGAUCCACUAAUAUCGUGGACAACGAUCUGAUCCCUAUUGUCGAACAGUACUGUUCCGAAGACAUACCACUGUUUGACAAGACGUUGCGACUAUUGGACGACUUGACGAAUCCGGUGAUAAUCCUCUUCCAGGAGAAGAUCCCGACAGAGAUCUCUCAAUACCAGAAGUAUCUGGAAUUUCAGUCACAUUUGUAUUCAUAUAAGUUGUCGUUUGGCUCUCAUCGACGCUUUUGGACGGUUUUGGCCAAACAUUUGACACGAAUUAUCGAAAUGGACGACGAAAACAGACAAAUCGAGGACUUCCUGAUGGCUGAGCGCAUACUUAUACUCAUCCGAAACGUGUUAUACAUUCCCAUCGAUAUGUCCGCCAACCAGAAGGUGUCCGAAGAGUACACCAAUCCUCACGACCGCAUCAUUGAAGUCCUGCACAGUUCGGGAAUUAUUGAUCUGAUCCUCUAUUUGUCCAACGAUGACACUCAGCAACAGUUCCAACAGUUUUGCUUUCAUUUGAUUGAAAUCAUUUCAUUGAUAUUUAAGGAACAAAACGCAGAAUUUAUUGCCAAAAGUGUUGGCAAUCACGAGGAAAACGGCGGAUCCAAUGGCGACCGAAGAACUGAUUUCGAGCGGGAAAUCGAUCGCAAAGAAAUCAAAGAACUGAAGGCCAGAGAUGUGAGCGUUUUGGCGAAAGUGAGGCCAAAUCUGAACCGAUUUAACGGCACUUAUUCUAUAAAGAAUAUGAAAUCCAUUAGCGAUAGAGAUAUUGUUUGUCACAAAACACCACAAGAUUUGAGUCAAAUUAGUUUUGACGCCAAUAAAGAUAUCAAACGAAAACUCCGCUCAAAGAAACCAAUGGAAGACACGGUCACUAAUAAGACCAGUUUCGGGCCUCAAGUCAUCCAUAAGUCGUCGUUUAGAGUGAGAAAAAUAUUGUACGACUUUUGCGUCGAAUUUCUCAACUCUUACAACCAAUUCAUGCGAAGAAUUAGCGAUAAUUUGAUGCGAAAUCAGUGCCAACACAACGACGAGACCUAUUAUCUGUGGGCCAUUCAGUUCUUCAUGGAGUUUAACAGAACUAAUCCCAAGGGAUCGGACAGAUUGUUGGUCUCGGAGACCAUGUGUUUGUCUUCAUUUCAUUACCUGAACACUCAAAUCGAUCAUUACAUGGAAAUUAUCAAAACAGAUAAACAAGCGUUUAAUCUGUGGUCUAAACGACUCCAUCACGGAAUCAAAGCCUAUAGAGAGGCGUUGUUUAGUUUAAAUUGGUUUGAUUUGGCCAAAGAGGAAGACACCAGAUAUAUAGCGAAGUCUAUAAAGAAGAAACUCUUCUAUGAAGUGGAAUAUAGGGAUCAAUUGCUGGCAUUGCUUCACGAGUACAACGAAGCGAAGAUGACUAAAACGCUUCUCAAAGACCUCAUCGAAACUAAUCAUCUGUUUAUUAAAUUGCUUGAGAAUUAUUACAAAAACAAUUCUCGACUUUUAAUCCGAGAGAAAGUCAGAAGAGUUAAGAAAAAGAGUACUCAGAAGAAGACACCCAUAGAGAAGACUCCGCCCGAAGAUAUAUGGAAUGAAAUCAUAUCCACUGUGUCUGAGGCUCUGUCGGGAAGUCUUGAGUUGCCGUCACCUGAAGAGGACAUAUCUGUUCGCGCUUUUGACGCCACGUCUGAGAAGACAUCAGACGAACAAAAGAUGGAUGUCUUGCGAAGAGUUAAUAACUUUUUGUUGGAUAGAAAAGUAGUCGAAGCCAUCAGUUUAUAUCGCGACGCGAGAAAUUGCUGGACAGGAGACGAAGACAACGCUUUUGGCGCCGCAGACAUCGCUCCCGAAGACGAGUUACUCUCGUUGAACGAGAUAUUGAUGACUGAAUUCCCUAAUGAGGCCACAGUUGAGGAACCAAUGGAUGAAGAAAUUGAAGAGCAGACUGAAGAAAGAGAGAGCCGCCAAAGGGUUCGAGAGCGAGAAAUCGAGUUCAAUGAAGUGAUCCAUAAGUACUGUCACCGGAAUGUUGUCCGCAAUUAUUGCCUUUUAUUGAGAUCUUAUGAGACGAAUAGCGACGAAACAAAUCACUGUUUACUGAAAAUGUUGCACAGAAUUGCUUUCGACUGUAAAAUGCAUGCAAUGCUAUUCCAGGCGUCACUGUUUCGCACAUUUCAACGAAUACUAUCUGAUCCGUUGCGCGACUCGUCUUCCGUCAAAGAACUUAAAAGAUUUGCCAAAUUUAUUGUCUCGAAGUUUAUUCUUGUGGCCAAAAAGAACGAUAAGGUAUUCUUUGAGUUACUUUUCUGGAAGAGCGCAACUGAGGCCACACAAGUGGAGGACGGAUACAGUGUUAGUGUCAACACAAAGGGCGCCAAACAGUUGUGGUCUGAAGAACAGGAAUUGGAGCUCAAAGUUCUGUUUGAAGAAUACAAAGACAAAGGCACUGCUGAUAAGGAUUACGUCGAUCUCAUUGUCGACCAUUUGAUUGAUGACACGAAGACUAGAAGACAAGUGAUUAAAGAGCUUAAGCGACAGGAAAUAUUUGUUGAAACGAAAAAGAGAAGAGUUUUAUCAGAGAAGAAACGCUCAAAGAAUUCAAAUGUGACCGAAAAUAGACGUUUCACUAGUAAUGAAUUCGUUGACGACAGCGAUAGUAGUGAUGGUGAGGACCGUAGGGAAGACCACAACUCUGUUAACAACGAUAUGGAGGCCAGAAGUCCGAAGAGAAACCAAUUGACCGACAGUGAAGACGAAGAUAAUGAUGGCGUAAUACCUGAAGAUAUAGAGGCAGAAAAUAGAAAGGAUAUCGAGAAACAAAAUGUGAAUUCUGAUGAUUCAAAUGAUGGCAUCAAUGAGAGCGACAAAAAUGGUAAAAGAAUAGAAGACAACGGUUUGGACGAUAAAAGUGAAUCGAGUGAUAGUGAAGACAGCGAUGAGAAUAAUCUUCAAAUUAAUGAAGACAUCGACGAAACUGUCGAAAGUCCUAAGAAUAACGAUAUGAAAGAAUCUUCUGAUGAAUCGAGCGAUGAAACGAAUGUGGAAACGAAUAAACGAUCAUUUGAUGAUUCAGAUGAUGAAGAAGUGGUGGUUAUGUCGAAGAAUAAAAAGAGGCAUUUGAUUAUCGAUGACUCGGACGAAGACUGAAUAUGAUAUGGGAUUAAUAAAUAUGAUAUUUU